AUGAAGCAAAGAAAUGUAGUCACUUCUUUUCUGACCUUUUCUGAAGGCGCAGAUGACCCUACUGAUCAAGGAAAUCGUGUUUUACUCUUGAAACGUAGUGAUAAAGUUAACAUAAGAAUUAGUGGUGGAAUGGAGGCUAACGAUAGUUCACCAUUGGAACGUGCUUUGACUGAAAUACAGGAAGAAACCACUGUGAAUUCUUCAGAUAUUAAACUAAUACGCAUUGGUAAACCUUUAAAUAUUCGUGAUGAAAAUAAUUCUACAAUAUGGAAAGUCUAUCCAUUUCUUUUUCAUAUUCAAUCUGAUAAUAUCCAUAAGAUUAAAAUAGACUGGGAACAUGAAACUUUUAAAUGGACCAAUCCUAAAGAAUUGAGUUCUUAUAAUAAUGUCCUAAAUUUGUUAGAAACUUUUUACAGAGUAUAUCUUCCAAAUAAUGUACACUUAGGUUUGAUUGAUAUACUUAAUGAUAGAUCUUCUGGUGCUCAACAAUUGGCAAAUUUAUAUAUUGCUUAUCUUAAUAUCGGAUGGCACUUGUGUGAAAUAAGACCUAACAUGAAGGCAUCUACAUUAUAUGUAAUAGUUUCAGUAAUGCAACAAUGUAAAAAAGUUUUGGAUCAGGUCUUAUCAAUGGAUUCAUUUGAUAAUCAAGUUCUUGGUAUCAUAAAAACAACGAAAAUACUUUCUAAUGAUGCAGAACAAAAAAUCAAUUCAAACUUUAUGAAUCCUUUAUUUCCUAAAUUUGAUCAAUCGUUACAUAUUAUGACAAUGA